AUGAGUCGACAAUUUAGCUCGAGAUCUGGGUACCGAUGUGGAGGGGGCUUCAGCUCUGGGUCUGCUGGGGCGGUCAGUCACCAACGAAGGACUACCAGCAGCUGCUCUAUGCGCCGUAGUGGAGGUGGUGGUGGUGGUGGUAGGAUGUUUGGUGGAGGAUGUGGUGGUGGUGGUGGUGGUGGUGGUUUUGGAAGCCGCAGUCUUGUUAGUCUUGGAGGCAGCAAAAGCAUCUCCAUGAGUGUGGCCAGAGGAGGUGGCCGUGGGGGAGGUUGCUUUGGUGGUAGUGGCAUGGGAGGUGGUUUUGGCAGUGGAGGAGGUUUUGGUGGUGGUGGUUUUGGCAGUGGAGGUGGCUUUGGUGGAGGUGGCUUUGGAGGUGGUGGUUUUGGAGGUGGUGGUUUUGGAGGUGGUGGUUUUGGAGGUGGCUUUGGCCCUGUGUGCCCUCCUGGUGGCAUCCAGGAAGUCACCAUCAACCAGAGUCUUCUGCAACCCCUCAAUGUGGAGAUUGACCCAGAGAUCCAAAAAGUCAAGUCUCAAGAAAGGGAGCAAAUCAAAACACUCAACAAUCAGUUUGCCUCCUUCAUUGAUAAGGUGCGUUUCCUGGAACAGCAGAACCAGGUGCUGCAGACAAAAUGGGAAUUGCUGCAGCAGGUUGAUACUUCUACUCGAACCCAAAGCCUGGAACCCAUAUUUGAGGCAUAUAUCAGCACGCUAAGAAAGCAGUUAGACCAACUGAAGAGUGACCAGUCUCGAAUGGAUUCUGAACUGAAAAACAUGCAAGAUUUGGUGGAAGAUUAUAGAAACAAGUAUGAGGAAGAGAUCAACAAGCGGACAAAUGCAGAGAAUGAGUUCGUGACUAUCAAGAAGGACGUGGAUUCUGCUUAUAUGUCAAAGGUGGACCUCCAGGGCAAAGUUGACAGCUUGCAGCAAGACAUUGAGUUCUUCACAACACUCUAUCAAAUGGAGCUAUCCCAGAUGCAGACUCAUAUUAGCCAAACUAAUGUUAUUCUGUCCAUGGACAACAACCGGAGCCUGGACCUGGACAGCAUCAUUGCCGAGGUCAAGUCCCAGUAUGAAGAGAUUGCUCAAAGGAGCAAAACAGAGGCUGAGGCCCUGUACCAGACCAAGUAUGAAGAGCUCCAGAGUACUGCUGACAAACAUGGGGACAGUUUGAAAACCACAAAGAUGGAGAUUUCUGAGCUGAAUAGAAUGAUCCAGAGACUCAGAGCUGAAAUUGAGGCUGUCAAGAAGCAGUGCUCUGCGCUGCAACAGUCUAUCAGUGAUGCUGAGGAGAAAGGCGAGAAAGCUCUGAAAGAUGCCCAGGGCAAAAUGAAUGAACUGGAGGAUGCCCUGAACCAGGCCAAGGAGGACCUGGCCAGACUGCUGCGUGACUACCAAGAGUUGAUGAGCACCAAACUGUCCCUGGACGUAGAAAUUGCCACCUACAGGCACCUCUUGGAAGGAGAGGAAAUCAGGAUGUCCGGAGAGUGUACCCCCAACGUGAGCGUGUCCGUGAGCACCAGCCACAGCAGCUAUAGCGGAGGUAGCAGCCGAGGAGGCGGCAGCUAUGGAUCUGGAGGCGGCGGCGGCGGCGGUGGCUACCGCUCCGGAGGCGGCGGUGGCGGCAGCGGUGGCAGCAGUCGCGGCGGCGGCGGCGGCGGCGGCAGCUACGGCUCCGGAGGCGGCAGUGGAGGCCAGAGAGGCGGCUCCGGAGGAGGCGGCGGCAGCUCCAGCGGUGGUGGCCGUGGUGGCUCUGGAGGCGGGAGCUCUGGAGGCAGCUUUGGCUCCUCUGGGGGCCGGGGAUCCAGCUCCGGGGGCAGCAAGACCACCAGUGGCAGUUCCAGCGUGAAAUUUGUGUCCACUAGUUAUUCCCGAGGCCUAUAAUAGCUUUCAGCCUAUUGGUUCUCCCACUCCAUCAC